AUGACGCGUGCGUGGAGCAGGAGCGGCACGGGAGCGGCCUGUAAGCGGCGGAAGGCGGCAGAAGCGGCAGAGGAGCGUGACGUCUCCUCAGAGGAAGACAGCGGGUCAGACGAGCUGUGGGAGCUGCCUCCGAAGAGCCUCCGGUGGCGGGACAUCGACGAGCCGGACGUCCCGGUGCCAAAGCUGAGGUUCAGACCUUCCCGUCUUGUGGGUCCUCAGCUCAGCCUCACCUCCUCCUACUCCCCGCUGCAGCUCUUCCAGCUGUACUUCGACUCUGACGUCAUGUCCACGCUCAUGACGAACACCAACGCCUACGGCCGACGGCAGCCACACUUCAGCCCCGUCUGCCUCAAGGACAUGUACUCCUACAUCGCUCUGGUCAUCUACAUGGGUCUGGUCCCCCUGAAGACCCUGUUGGACUACUGGAGGAGUUCUCGUCUCUUCACGUUGCCAUUUCCGUCCCGGACCAUGAACCGUGUGCGCUUUAACCAGAUUUCCCGGUGUUUGCACAUGAACGACCCGGAAGUGGAGCUGGAGAACGACCUGAAGAAGGGAUCUCCCGAACACGACCGUCUAUGCCGUGUGCGGCCGCUGUAUGAGCGCCUCCUGGUGGCCUGUCAGGCGCACUACCACCCGCACCAGCACAUCAGCAUCGACGAGCGCAUGGUGCGCAGCAAGGCGCGCAUCGGCUUCAAGCAGUACGUGAAGAACAAGCCUACCAAGUGGGGAUUCAAGCUCUUUGUCCUGGCCGACUCUCAUGGUUACACGGUGAACUUCUUUGUGUACGAUGGUAGAGUGAGCUUGCCAUCGGGACACGGUCAGAGCUCGCUGUCGGGCCACGGUCAGGGCUCGCCGUCAGGCCACGGUCAGGCGUACGACGUGGUCAUGCGGCUGCUGUCCUCCACCGCCCUCGGCUCCGGUUACAGACUCUACGUAGAUAAUUACUACAGCAGCCCCACGCUCUUCCGCCACCUGCUGCGCCGGCACCGGAUGUCGGCCUGCGGCACCAUGCGCUCCACGCUGCGCGACUGCCCCGGACUUGGCGCUGCUUCGCUGCGGGCGCCGCGCGGCACCAUCCGAUGGCUGCGGCAGAACGAGCUGCUGUUCGUGAAGUGGAUCGACGCCAGAGAAGUCACGAUCUGCAGCACCCUCCACUCAGCCACAGCCGAGGGCACGGUCAGGAGGAGAGUCAAGGACCACAGCGGGAGGUGGACAGAGAAGCAUGUGCGUGUCCCUGACUGUGUGACGGACUACAACGGUCACAUGGGCGGCGUGGACCUAUCAGACGCUCUCAUUCACUCGUACAACGUGCUCCACAAGACGCGGCGUUGGUACAAGACGCUGUUCUUUCACUUCGUGGACAUCGCGGUCGUCAACGCCUUCAUCCUCCACCGCCAGCUCAGGCUCCGCCCCCUCACGCAGAAAGCCUUCAGAGAGGCGCUGGUGCUGGAGCUCGCCGACGCAGGCUCCGCCCCCAAGAGACGACUCAUCGCCACGUACCAGGCCGCCAUCGCCGUGAAGCGGCCCCCCUCGGACCCGGUCGUGCCCAUUCUCUCCUCUGGUCCUGGCCCAGACCUCAGCCUGGUCUCCCCUCCCUCCUCUGGUCCCGAGAUGGACUUGGGUCUGGUCCACUUGGGCCACUUGCCGGCGGCCUUCGCGGAGCAGCUUCGGGGCGUCCCCUCUCGGAUGCGGGGGACUCGAGGCCGGAGAACAUGUGUCAUGUGUGGAAACAAGACCCAGGUCUACUGCUCGGUCUGCCUCAAGACCAUGUGCUUCAACAGCUCCCGCAACUGUUACCGUGACUACCACCGCAAGAACCACAUCGCCUCCUGA